AUGGCGAGCAGCAGCGUCUGCAGCAGCUCCAAGGGCGAGUUAAUUGUGGGAGGGAAAUAUAAACUGGUACGGAAGAUCGGGUCUGGCUCCUUUGGGGACGUUUACCUGGCGAUCAACAUCAUCAAAGGCGAGGAAGUGGCAGUGAAGCUAGAAUCUCAGGCAUCCAGGUAUCCCCAUUUGCUGUACGAGAGCAAACUGUAUAAGGUUCUUCAAGGUGGGGUCGGCAUCCCCCACAUACGGUGGUAUGGUCAGGAAAAAGACUACAAUGUGCUAGUCAUUGAUCUUCUUGGACCCAGCCUCGAAAACCUCUUCAAUUUCUGUUCGAGAAGGUUCACUUUGAAAACUGUACUUAUGUUAGCUGACCAGAUGAUCAGUAGAAUUGAGUAUCUGCAUACAAAGAAUUUUAUACACAGAGACAUUAAACCAGAUAACUUCCUAAUGGGUAUUGGGCGUCACUGCAAUAAGUUAUUCCUUAUUGAUUUUGGUUUGGCCAAAAAGUACAGAGACAGCAGGACUAGGCAACACAUACCUUACAGAGAAGAUACAAAUUUCACUGGCACUCCUCGAUAUGCUAGCAUCAAUGCACAUCUUGGUGUUGAGCAGAGUCGCCGAGAUGACAUGGAAUCAUUAGGAUAUGUUUUGAUGUAUUUUAAUAGAACCAGCCUGCCAUGGCAAGGAAUAAAGGCUGCAACAAAAAAGCAAAAAUAUGAAAAAAUUAGCGAAAAGAAGAUGUCCACACCUGUUGAAGUUUUAUGUAAGGGGUUUCCUGCAGAAUUUGCCAUGUACUUAAACUAUUGUCGUGGGCUGCGCUUUGAGGAAACCCCAGAUUACGUAUACCUGAGGCAGCUAUUCCGCAUGCUUUUCAGGACCCUGAACCACCACCAUGACUACACAUUUGAUUGGGUAAUGUUAAAGCAGAAAGCAGCCCAGCAGGCAGCCUCUUCAAGUGGGCAGGGUCAGCAGGCCCAAACCCCCAAAGGCUUCUAAGCAUGAGUCCAGGAACAGAGUAAGCAGAGCAGAUGAUCUAAGCAGCAUUUGUUUUUCCCUAUAUCUAGAGAUUUUAGUUCAUAUGUACACUAGCCAGUGGGUGUGGACAACCUGGGCAGCAUUGGCGAUGCUGUGUCCCGAGUUGUAACUGCUGUAAUUAUGAAUAUUAACUGAGAUAGUGAAACAUGGUGUCCAGUUUUCUAUUGCAUUUUUUCAAGUGGAAAAGUAAACUAAAUGGUUGACACACAAAUUGGUGGAGAAACUGCAUAUGCCAAUUUUUUGUUAAAAUCUUUUGUUUUGAACUAUACUGCUUUGAGAUCUCCUUUCAGAAGAACGGCAUGAACAGUCUUCAGCUGCAGUUGUGAUGGUUGUAAAUGCUCACAAUUGUGUGUUCUUAGGGUUUAUCCGUCCUGGGAUUUGCAAGUUGUUCACUUAAAACAUUCUUAAAAUGGUUAGCUUCUUGUUUGCAAGCCAGCUGAUCCGGUAGCAACCAAAGAUUCCAGUGUUUGAGCAUAUGAGACUCUGCCUGCUUACCUGGGCUAGAAGUAACAGCAUCUAAAGUGAAGACUUAAGAAAAAUUUAGUGACUGUUAGAUUAUCCUUAGGGCUCUGCAUUAACUCUGUAAUGUUCUUGGUUUUUUUCAAAAAAAGCAUAUUUGUCACUGAAAUUUUGUUAACAUCUUAUAAC